AAAACAGAAUGACAUUGUGACUAACAAAGUUGUACGACUUAAAAUAAAUAAAUAUGAUAAAUCAUUAUCGUGUUCAUUUUGGAAGGGAAACGCAGAUAAAGGACCUAGGCCUACCACGGGCGGUUCACAAUAACACGCUACAGAAGGACCUACCUUCGGAUAAAAAGAUUAAACAGAGCUUUUGAGACACUGCUGUGAUUGAUUGUGAUCUUGUUGCAAUAAAUAGAGCGUCGAUUACAAGUUGUUUUAAUGAGGCUAGAUCGGCAAAACGCUUGAUACUAUUAUGUCGUGCCUAAUGAAUGAAUAUGAACAUAUGUAGCGACUCGAGUAGUCUACCAAAGUCAACACAGUAAUAGCACCACCAGACGGAUUAGAAUAGGGAAUAUUGAGGUUAGAGACAUUCAGCACACAUGUAACUUCGCCUCGUAUAUGACAUCAGAUGUGGUAUACUGCUGUAAAUCUGAUCGUCCUGUGCCACUGUCUAAUAAAAUGGCUACCCUAUGUUCGACAAUCAAACGACGUGAUAUGAUAUCUGUUAUUCCCACCGUAUCCCAUCAGUCAGCGCAACAACCGAUUUUAAUCUUUAGGCCCAUUAACAUAAUGAAUGUUGACAUAUUACAAUUUUAAGUAUCGAUUCAGUCCCACCGAAGCUCAUAGUUACAUCAACCCAAUAACAGCCAUUAUGUUCGCUACAGUCGAUGUGCUUAAAGAUAUAUUUGACGAAGUGGUUCGGAGCUAGCACUACUAGCCCCACUGCUAACCUCUUACCGACGCGGAUCGGCGUAAAGACGCAAGGCAAAGUUGCGUCUGCACGCCGAUCCGUUUACGCGACCCAGCGCAACGCAACCAAAUAUGACGCAACGCGACGCAAACAAACGCGACGCAACGCAAGUGAAGUGAUGAUGGUGACCCAUACAAGGGUACCAGAGGCAAAGUUGAGCUGCAAAGCCAAGUAGCUGCAAGCCAGGAUACAGCGCACACAGCCUCGGAUAUGAAUAUGCACCGAUGGUCGUCCACUUUUGUUUUUAGACACAUCGUCUGGCGGACGAUUUAGUGCAAACUUGCAGUUAGUUGUCGUAGCAGCGACCUGCUGGCGUGAGAGAUUCCUGAGCUGCUUGGGGAGCUAGCUUCCAGGCUAGUUCACACCAAGCAAGGACUUAGCCGAGCAGCUAAGGAGGCUUUUAACACUGCAUCAACUCGGUUGGACUUUUUCCAUUCUGGGAUUCCUUGAUUUGGACAUUUUUGUAUCGGAUCGGAGCUCAUGGACCUGACGGCAAAGUGAGCGUAGCGUGGCUGGAGAUAAGGGAUUAGUGGCGGCUCUGUGGAGCUAGCCCCGCGGAUCAGCCUGCUACCAGCCCCGCACUUCCCCCACUCCUCCCCGAGCCGGCUAGCCACGUUAGCCCGGUACAUAACAUGAGAAAACCGUCCACGUUUUGUGAAGCUGCGUGGUUCGCCGUGUUAAACUGAUGUAUGAGGACUCCACAUUUGGGUUGUAAGAUCUCUCUAAAGGAGGUCAAACUCGAUAGAGGGGAUGGAUGAGCAGAAAUCGAACUGCGAAGAGAAUGACUCGGAACCAACAGCUGAUGACGGUGCCCCUGCAAAGCAGUCUCUCAAAUCUGGGGAGGAGUCGGAGACGAUUCCUCUUGAGGAUGACAAGUCUGGCGCUACGCCCGCCAUGUCCAGCACAUUGGUGGAGAGUACGAGGGCCUGUGCACUCUGUAACUGUGUAGAGCGCAGCCUUCAUGGACAACGGGAACUCCGACACUUUAGGCCAUCUUCCGAUCCGCCGACCCUGGAACCCACCGCCUCUUCCCUCCCAGGGCCUGGGAACGAUGACCUGUCUUCCAUCGGAUUCUCCGACUCCUCUUGCCUCGCAGCACUCUUUGACGACUCGGGGGGAUGUUGGGUCCAUCACUGGUGUGCAGUGUGGUCGGAGGGAGUGAAGCGGUUGGAGAAUGACCAACUGGAGGAUGUAGACACGGUUGUUAUCUCAGGGACACAACGGCAUUGUGAAUACUGUAAGCGGCUGGGCGCGACGAUACGAUGCCAUGCUGAGGGCUGCUCCCGGUUCUACCACUUCCCCUGCUCGGCAGCCAGUGGCUCCUUUCUGUCCAUGAAGAAGCUUGCGCUCCUGUGUUCAGAGCACAUGGACAAGGCAGAAGAGUUGGUGGGUGAGGAGGCUUGGUGUGCAGUGUGCGACUCUGCAGGGGACCUUCUGGACCUGCUGUUCUGUACCGGUUGUGGGCAGCAUUACCACGCCACCUGUCUUGAGAUCGGAGCCACGCCCAUCCAGCGGACGGGCUGGCAGUGCCCCGAGUGUAAAGUGUGCCAGACUUGCAGAAAUCCAGGGGAAGACACAAAGAUGUUGGUCUGCGAUGCCUGUGAUAAGGGCUACCACACCUUCUGCCUCCAGCCAGCCAUGGAAACCCUCCCCUCUGACCCUUGGAAAUGCAGGAGGUGCCGAGUGUGCUCAGAGUGUGGCGUCCGUGGCUUAGCACUCCCAGGCUCCACCCAGUGGUUUGAUAACUACGCUGUGUGUGAGGACUGCCAGCAGCAGCGGAGCUCCAAAUGUGCUGUGUGCAGUAAAGCGGCCUCCCCAUCUGUCACCCUGCAGAGCUGCAGCCUGUGCCACAGGCAUGUGCACAGUGAAUGUGCAUUGGCGGCUGCAGAGUCUACAGGAGAUAAGUACACCUGUCUGCUCUGUAAGGAGGCUCCGCCUCCGCUGGACCCAGCAGAGACCCGGGCGGGAGAGGCCUCGGAGGAGGACAACGCGGUAAUAAAGAUGACCACCGAGCCGUCGGAUGAACCAGUGGUCGCAAAGGAACGCACAACCACGUCUGCAGAGGGGUUGAUGGUUGGAGCGGAGGCUGUAGAGGACGAGACGCCCAUGGAGUUGGGGUCUGAAGCCGACGCUGUUGAGAAGGUAGAAGUGGAGGAGAGCAGUAAGAAGGUGGAGCAGCAGCAGCAGCCCGAAUCGGAGGAGGUCAUCUCAGAACAGCCCGCUGCUCCGGCUACAGAAUGUGGAGGAUCAGAACAGGAGGCCACUUGUGCUCCCGCUGUAGAAGAGACGGCAGGGCAGUCGGAGAGCCGUCAGUCCCCAGCCUCUCCUCCCCAGGCCGGGACCCAUUCUACCGAGUCUCCCGUGAGGCCCACACCGGACUCACAGCAGGGCCCUGGGGAGCUGGAGGGACCUGCGAUGCAGGAAGGGGACACCCGCGCUGAACAGAGAACCAUCUCCACCACGGCCCCACCAUCCAAUCAGGCUCCAUCAACAUCCACACCUGAAGAGGAGGAAGAGGAGGAAGAGGAGGAUGAGGAGGAUUCUGAACCCAUGGCAGUCGACCGGGAGGACCAGAAGAAGCCGGCUCCAUGUCUGGGGUCCAGCCCUCCUUCCCCCGCCUCACCUCGGCCCCCCUCUGCUCCAGCCGACACCCAGGGGUGCCCCUCUGCCGACGAGGCAGACUGCAGAGCACUGCCUCAGUCAGAGGAGGAGGAGGACGAGGAGGAGGAGGAGGAGGAAGAGGAGGAUGACGACGAGGACGGCGGCGAGCCGAUGAAGUGUCUCCGGGUGAAGAUCAAGCAGGAGCCGGUGGAGCGGCAGGUGAAGGUGGAGCUGCUGGACGAGGCCUCCAACAUGAGCCCCGGCGACGGGAGCAGCAGUGGCUUCCUGGGGUCCCCGGCGGAGCCCGACCCCCAGGACUUCUGCCUGCUGCCGGCGCGCCGCUCCCGCGCAGACUCCCUGCUCACGGAGACGGACGACUCGCUGCCCUUUGAGCCGCAUAAAUGUGACGGCGAGAAGCUGCGGCGGAGAGGGUCCCCCGGGCGCUCGCGGAUCAAACAGGGGCGGGGUAGCGGUUUCCCAGGGAAGCGGCGCCCUCGUGGUGGUGGUGGAGGAGCUGGAGCAGGGCGGGGGCGCGGUGGGAGGUCACGCCUCAAAGCCAUGGCCUCCUGCAUUGACGCCUUCCUGCUGAGCAUGACGGAAGAGACUGGACACAAUAAGGAAGAGGGAGGCGAGGUAGAAGAGGAAGACGAGGCCAUGCAGAACACCGUGGUGCUCUUCUCAAACACCGAUAAAUUUGUCUUGCUCCAGGACAUGUGUGUCGUGUGUGGCAGUUUUGGGAAGGGAGCCGAGGGACAGCUGUUGGCCUGUGCUCAGUGUGCACAGUGUUACCAUCCAUACUGCGUAAACAGCAAGAUCACCAAGAUGAUGCUGCGUAAGGGCUGGCGCUGCUUGGAGUGCAUCGUGUGCGAGGUGUGCGGGAAGGCCUCGGACCCGUCGCGCCUGCUGCUAUGCGACGACUGCGACGUCAGCUACCACACCUACUGCCUGGACCCGCCCCUGCACACGGUCCCCAAGGGCGGCUGGAAGUGUAAAUGGUGUGUGAGCUGCGUGCAGUGCGCCUCCCACUCCCCCGGCUUCCACUGCGAGUGGCAGAACAACUACACCCACUGCGGCCCCUGUGCCAGCCUGGUCACCUGCCCCGUCUGCCGGGAGAACUUCAUGGAGGAGGAGCUCCUGCUGCAGUGUCAGCACUGCGACCGAUGGGUCCAUGCAGUGUGUGAGAGUCUGUACACGGAGGACGAGGUAGAGCAGGCCUCCGAUGAGGGCUUUGCGUGCACUUCCUGCACUCCCUACGUCCCCAAGCCCGUAGUGGUGGAGUCGGCCAUCAUGGCCUCCAUAAAGAUCAAGGAGCCAGAGCCCCAGUUCUACCGGCUGGAGGGCGUGUGGCUGACGGAGUCGGGCAUGUCCCUGCUGCGCAGCAUCUCCAUGUCCCCGUUGCACAAGAGGAGGCAGCGGCGCUCCCGCCUCGGAGGCCUCUGUGGGGACGGCGGAGACGGCCUGGAGCUCAAAGAGGGCGACGGCGGCGACGGCGACGAGGGCAAAGGGGAGCCGAUGGACUGUGAGACUAAGAUGGAGCCACCGGGGACCCCCGAGAGAGAGCUGGGAGCGGAGGGCAGCGGUGAGGGCCUGGGCUACUGUGACGGAGUCAAGGGAGGCGCAGAGGAGACGGAGGACGGCAAGAAAAGGAAGAGGAAACCCUACCGACCUGGGAUCGGGGGCUUCAUGGUGCGGCAGAGAAAAUGUCACACGAGGAUCAAGAAAGGAUUCUUCGCCCAGCUGGCUGGAGAGACCACUUUAGACGGACAGCCAUUGGAAAGAACUAUCGAAGAGGGUCCCCAUCCCGACACGGACAACAUCAUGGACCCCAAGCCAGCCGAGGGCGAGGAGCAGAAGAAACGCCGGGGGAGAAAGAAGAGCAAACUGGAGGACAUGUUCCCUGCAUAUCUCCAGGAGGCGUUCUUUGGCAAGACACUCAUUGACAUGAGUAAGAAGGCGGUGGUGAUACCUCCGGUCCAGAGGCCAGGAAUGUGCCCUUCUCGACCCCCGGAGCCGGCCUUACCCGGCCUCAUCCCUCCAGUCCAAGAGGCUGAAGCCCAGCACGGGAUGACCGAGGCGACUCUGCCUCUCAAGCGCGAGGUGGUGGACACACCCCUGUCUCAGGGAGAGGGAGCAAGAGUCUCUACGCCUUCCUCGUCGGUGAAGGACCAGGCCUCCUCCGAUCCUCACGGCUCCGAUGCAGAGAAAAGUGACGGUCUUCCUCAAGGCAUGGAGAGCCAAGAUUCGGAGCAGUUCUUCCGCAGGGUGCUGGGGGUGUCCGAUGGCUCCACUCUGGAGGGCAUGAAGCCCAUCUUAGAGGGCAGUAAAGGAGAGCUCAACCGCAACGCGUUGCAACAGAGACCUCUCCUCUCAGGUUCCCUGCCCUCAGCUGGAGUGAUGGACACCUUCCCUGGCCUUGCCCAGUCUCCAUUCUUUGACAUGCGGGACCGUGGGGGGCUCUUCAGUCCAGACGGUGGAGAGGAAAGCCCCUGGGCCACGCCCUCGACUCCGGCCACCCCUUCCACGCCACCCACCCCCACCGAGGUAGAGGGCGACGGGCUCUCCUACAACCAGCGCAGCCUCCAGCGCUGGGAGAAGGACGAGGAGCUGGGGGAGCUGUCCACCAUCUCCCCCGUGCUCUACGCCAACACCAACUUCCCCACGCUCAAGCAGGACUACCCAGACUGGGCGAGUCGCUGCAAACAGAUCAUGAAGAUCUGGAGGAAGGUCUCUGCGGCUGACAAGGUUCCAUUUCUGCAAAAGGCCAAAGAUAAUCGAGCAUCUCAGCGCAUCAACAAGGCACAGAAGCAGGCGGAGAGCCAGGUGUGCCGGCCAAUCAAGACAGAACCAGGACGAGUGAAGGGCGAGCGGCCAAGCCUCCACCUCCAGAUCCCUCCCCCCUCGGGCUCCGCCUCCACCCCGUCCCAGCCCAGCUCCGCGGAGAGCCCCUUCCCUUUCCCUCCGAGCCACGGCUCCUCUUCCGCCUUUUUCCCGGACGGGCCCCCGAAGACGCCGGGCUCUGCCGAGAUCCGGACGGAUCCGUUUGCCAAGCUGCCUCCUCAGUCCCCGCGCGCCCACUCCCAGCCCUCCACCCCCUUCUCCCAGGCCGGGACCAGCCCCUCGCAGGCCAACUCCUCAGGUUACCCUCCUCCUGGCCCGCACGGUCCACCUCAGGGACGGCCGGCCCCCGGCCCCUUCGACAUGCAACCAGGCACCCCUGGCACUCCCCGGCGGGCCCAGCAGGUAGAUCCCUAUUUCAGAUCGCAAUUGCAGCAGCAGCAGCAGCAUCAGCAGCUGCAGCAGCAGCAACAACAACAUCAGCAGCAGAGUCAACAGCUUCAGAUGCAACAAGGCUCUCUGGAGUCCUUAGGACCUCCACAAAGUCCUCAUUCAAGGGCUGGUGGACCCGGGGAGCCGCUCUUCUCUCCUCCGCACACCCCCCACUAUGGGGAUCCCUUCCGAUGCCAGCAGGGGAUGGGCCGCCCGGAAUAUGGCUCAUCUUCCUCCCCUUCGGCGAUGGCCGCCUCACCUUCGGGCCCGGGGCAGUACCGGGCUGAUAUCAACGCGCCUUCACCCCGCUCCUCCUCGAUGGGGCGGAUCGAUUUGGCCACGGGCUCCCCUGCAGGAAUUCUGGAGUCCGGUGAUGGUUUGUUUAAGGCCCCGCUGAUGCCACGGAUGCACCAAGGGGAAGGCGGGCCGCUCCAUCCCGGAGCUUCCCCCAAUCACCCCUCGGAGGCCUACAGGCAGUCCCCCUCCAACCCCUUCUCCGACCCCUACGGCCAGCCUCCCCUCACUCCAAGACCUCAGUCGGGAGACGGCUGCUCCCCUGUGCCCCAAAGGCACGCCGUGGUCCAACACGAGACCUGCCCCCGGGUGCCGUCGAGCCCUCAGUCCCAAGGCAGCGCCCCGUCGCCCCUCACCCCCGGGGGCCUGUCAAACGACACCUUCUCAGUCCAGUCUCCUGGCGCCAAUCGCUUCCAGUCUCCCGACACCUACUCCCGACCGCCGUCUCGGCCCCAAUCCAGAGACCCCUUUGCCGCCCUCCACAAGCCCCCGCGGCCCGCCUCCGCCGCCCCCGACGGCGUGCCGAGCUACAGAGGUUCCCCUCACCCUAACCAGCCGCCCCCCGCAUCCCCCACCUCCAACCCCAACGGGGAUCACAUCUCCGGGAACACCUCGGCACCCCCUCCUUUUAGCCGCAGCCUUAGCACCUCCACCUACCAGAUGACCCAGCAGCAGCAGGCUCAGAUGACCCAGCAGCAGCAGGCUCAGAUGACCCAGCAGCAGCAGGCUCAGAUGUCCCAGCAACAGGCUCAGAUCUCCCAGCAGCAGCAGGCUCAGAUGUCCCAGCAACAGGCUCAGAUCUCCCAGCAGCAGCAGGCUCAGAUGUCCCAGCAGCAGCAGGCUCAGAUGUCCCAGCAGCAGCAGGCUCAGAUGACCCAGCAGCAGCAGGCUCAGAUGUCCCAGCAGCAGCAGGCUCAGAUGUCCCAGCAGCAGCAGGCUCAGAUGUCCCAGCAACAACAGGCUCAGAUGUCCCAGCAGCAGGCUCUGAUGUCCCAGCAACAGGCUCAGAUGUCCCAGCAACAGGCUCAGAUGUCCCAGCAGCAGGCUCAGAUGAACCAGCCUCAACUCCAGCUGCAGCAGCAUGUCCAGCAGCAAGCCAUGGCAGCAGAUGGUUUCAACCCCAGGCUUUCUUCCGGGUCCCAUGACCCAACAUCUGUCCGCCCUCCAGAAUCGCCCCAGCAACCAGCGAUGCCCGUGAGCCAAGACACGCCAGAGGUGCUGGAUCCUGCGUUGGUGGGCCUCACCCCAUCCGAGUUGGAGAAGCAUCGACAGCGACAGAAACUGCGAGAUUUCUUAAUCAAGCAACAAGUCCUAAGGGGCGUGCGGCACGCAAAGCCGGCUGCCGCUCCCUCCAGCAACCCCGCCGCUGGCUGGCAUGGAGGAGACCUGGCACAGUCCCACAAGGCCCCACCGCCUUAUCCACAGGACCGUGUUGCUGCUGCUAUAUCCGGACCCCAGGCUGCUAUGGCCAGGAAGAUGCCAAUGGCUAUUGGGGGCAUGGAGGAAAAGCUCCUCUGCCCACAAGCUCUGGAAACCCCUGGCGUUUUGGAUCCCAAUGCAAUGAGACAACCCGGACCCGGCAACCCUCAAGCCAUGUAUGGCCGUCCACCGUUCCCUCCUCAGUGGCAGGGUCAGGCGUCCGGCCCCCGGAGGUUCCCACCGCCUGGCAUGGACUCCAUGCCCCCCCGGCAUCACCUCAACCCUGCCGUCAAUAUGCAGGCCAUGCAGGGGAUGGUGAACCCCCGUGGCAUGAUGGCUGGGCCCGGAGAGGCCAUGCAGCCAAUGGGGCAGGGACCCCCACCGCAGUUCAUCGAGUUAAGGCACAACGCUCAGAGGUUGCCCCUCGGACCCCAUUUCAUGCUCAGAGGGCCACAGGCCAGACCCCGUCUCUGCCCUCCCCAGCAGGACCUCGCAGCGCCUUAUGUGCAGCAACAUACCAUGCAGGUCGACCGGGCCGGCGACUCACAGAUGGGGCUGCAGCAGGGAGGACUAUCGAUGUUGAUGCCCACUUGCCCUGCAACGCAACAAGGCCAGCAUCCGCAACAAACAAUCGCUCACUCGUCCAACCAUCCUGGAUCACAGCAACAGCAGCAACAACCGCAGCAGCAGCAGCAACAACAGCAGCAGCAGCAACAACAGCAGCAGCAGCAGCAUCAUCCUCCACAGCCUAGCAUAGGGCCUCAGGUUGACCCGAGCGUCGACCUGCCUGAACCUGACCUGGAGGGCCUUUCGGACGCCCCUGGGGAUGGCGGUGUGGAGGACGACGACCUGGCCCUCGACCUGGACCCUGACAAAGGAGAUGACGACCUGGGUAACCUUGACAAUCUAGAAACCAAUGACCCACACCUUGACGAUCUGCUGAACAGUGACGAGUUUGAUCUGCUGGCCUACACUGACCCCGAGCUCGACCAAGGGGACCCAAAGGACGUGUUCUCGGACCAGCUCCGCUUGGUGGAGGCGGAGAGCGAGGCGCCUACUGCCUCUGGCUCUGCUGACAUCAAGGUGGAGCAGAAACCCAAGCUGGAGCCUGGACAGGUUUCGGAUACGUCGGCCUCAUCAGCUCUUCACGCUCCCCCCUCAGAGACGGCCAGCACCUCCAAAAUCAAACUGGAGGACCGAGGCCUAAUGCCACAGCAUCAGGACGGACAGAUGGUCAUCAAAGACGAGAUGGGAGAGGCCGUAUCCAUGUUACUGGGUGGAGCGGGUGCAUCAGGCAAGCAGACACAACCGCAGGCUCCGUCUGCCUCUCUCAGCUCUGUUCGCUUAGGGGGAAUAUCCUACCCUCUCCCGGGUCAAGGCGAUCCCCUCUCGUUCCCUCCGUCCACCCCACACCCAGACCUGGGGGCGGACCCACUGGGGCUGCCCGAUGUCGGGGGUCACACCUCUCCUUCUGUAGACAUGGCCAAGGUAGAGAGCUCUUUAGACGGGGAGUUGCCUCUUCUCAUACAGGAUCUACUGGAGCAUGAGAAGAAGGAGCAGCAGAAGCAGCAACAGCAGCAGCAGCAGCAGCAACAACAGCAACAUCAGCAGCAGCUCAGCUCCAUGCACCAGGCAGGCAUGCCCAGCCACAUGCAGGGCAUGCCCGGUCAACAGCCCAACCCGCAGGCCCCUCCUGGCGCCCUGAUGCUGCAGCAGCAGCACCACCACCGUCCACCUCCCCAAGUCAUGAUGGGCCAGCCGGGAAUGGGUCCGCGGCCCAUGCACGCCAUGCAGCCCCAGCACCAGCAGCAGAGGUUCAUGGGACCAGGAAUGGCUCCUCCACCUCACAUAGCUCAGCAGCAGGCCAUGAUGAGGCUGGGUCAGCCUGGGGGCAUGCACCCCGGGAUGAAUCACCAACCACAACAGCAACCCCAAAUGGGCAAACAGCCCCCCAUGGCCAAUAACUUCUUCCCAAACAAAGAUUUGGAUACAUUUGCUUCAGAUGACAACAUGGAUCCCAUUGCAAAAGCCAAGAUGGUGGCGCUAAAGGGCAUCAAGAGAGUGUUGGCACAAGAUCCACUCGGUGUCCCACCUGGGAUCAACAGACAACAAGUGUCUCUGCUGGCCCAGAGGUUGGCCUCUGCCCCAGGAGCCGAUCAACUUGGGCAGGCUGUCCCGGGAUCAUCCAAGGAAGGAGAAACCAGUACGCCUCUCCAGACAAGACCCAAUCCCCCGCAGUACUCAAGGAAUAACAGGUUAAAUGACGCCGAGCAGCAGCAGUACGAGGAGUGGCUCAUCCACACCCAGCAGCUGCUCCAGAUGCAGUUGAAGUUCUUAGAAGAACAGAUCGGCGCUCACCGGAAGUCCCGCAAGGCCCUCUGCGCCAAGCAGCGCACGGCCAAGAAGGCCGGGAGGGAGUUUGCCGAGACCGACGCAGAGAAACUCAAACUGGUGACCGAAGAACAGAGCAAGAUCCAGAAGCAGCUGGACCAGGUCCGCAAGCAGCAGAAGGAGCACACUAACCUCAUCGCCGAGUACAAAAGCAAACAGCAGCAGCACCAGCAGGGCUCUGGCUUAUUGAAGCCCGGCCCCUCUGCACUGGCCCCUCCUCACAUGCUCUCCAAGAUGCCUGGCCAGAUGAUGAUGGGCCAGCCGCCUGGCAUGAUGCCCCAGGGGCCGCCCUUCAUGGCCGGGGCUCCCCCCCAGAACCCCGGGGUCCUUGGUCCCCGGCCCCCGGGUCCUCCGGGCGCCCCCGCGGGCUAUUUCCCCCAGGGGCCCGGGAUGCAGGGCGCCGACCCUCGGCUCCUCCAAGAAAGACAGCUGCAACAUCGCAUGCAGCUGGCCAAGCUCCAGCAGCAACAGGCGAUGAUGGGCCAGCACCCAAUGGCACACCCAGGCCCACAGCCCGGGGCCAUGCCCCAUCCAGGGCAGCAGCCCGGCAUGAUGCCACAGGCACAACCUGGGAUCAUGGGGAACCAGCUCAUGGCUCAACAGCAGCCAAACAUUCAACAAGGGAUGCCAGUGGACCAGGCCAACCAGCAGGGCAUGGUGCCAGUUCCCCAGGGAAUGGUUGGGGGCCAGCCAGUCCCCCAGCUGCCGCCGAACAUGGUGCCCAUGAAUCAGCCUCCGGGCAUGAUGUCAGCUCAGCCUGGGAUCAUGGUGACUCAGCCCGACGGCCCAUCUCAGCAGCAGCAGAGACCUCAGUUAAUGAUGGGUCCGCAAGGAAUGGUUGUGGCUCCCGGUCACCCUGGCAUCAGGGGUCCACAGGCCCAGCUUACUCUGCAACAGCAAAACAUCUUAGCCCAGCGAAUGAUAUCUCAGCAGCAGAUGCAGCAGCAGCAACAGAUGGCACACCGACAGCAGUCCCAAGGCCUCAUCAAUCAACCCAACCAAGAUCAGAGGACCUCCCAACCUUCAACGCCGCAAAUGUGCUCCUCCCCUUCUGCAGGGAGCAUCACUCCCCAGCAACAGGGCGGUACAGAGGGUCUGCAGCAGGCCUUCCAACCAGACCCACAGAACCCAGGCCUUAAAGAAAGAGCAAUGCUCACCCCAGCUCCCAGAACCACAUUACAGCAGAGUGGGCCUCCGGCUGCCAGUCCAAUGGUUCAACAGGAUCUACAGGGGAGCAACAUAUGGAAUUGGCAGCAGCAACAACAACAGCAGCAGCAAAAUCCAUCUUACACACUUCAGAACCAACCCGCCGGCAUGGCUCCUCAUGGUCCACCCCAGUCUGCUCUGGUCAACAUCAAGCAGGAGCGGCAGCAGAUGGAUGUCUCAACUUCACAGCAGCAGCAGCAGCAACAACAUGCGGUUCAGAAUGUCCCGCAGCAGUCCCAAGAUCCCGGCCCCCUGCAGCAUGACGGAAUUGGCCCGGUCCAGAAUGUCAUGGGCCAGAACCCGGGUCCGAUGCAGCCGCAGCCGGCCCUGAUGGGUCAUCCCCCCCAGCAGCAGGCCCUCAUGGCGCAGCAGCAGAAGCAACAGGCCAUGAUGGGCAUGAUGAGGGCACAGCAGCCGGGCAUGAUGGUCCAGAGGCCGGGCGCGCCCCCGGGACAGAUCCGCAUGCCCAACAUCAACAUCCAGGCCAUCAUCGCUCAGAAUCCCCAGCUCCGCAACCUCCCCCCGAACCAGCAGAUCCAACACAUCCACGCCAUGAUCGCCCAGCGCCAGCAGCAGCAGCAGCAGCAGCAGGGCCAGAUGAUGAGGAUGUCCAUGGCCCAGGGCCAGCCGGGUCAGAUGAGGCCUCAGAUGGCGCCGGGCCAGCUCCACCAGGGGGACCAGCGGAUGGCGGGUCCCGACGGACAGCCGAUGCAGUUUGCUGCUGUGGGUAAACCCGGAGCGGUGGGUCCUCCCCAGCCGGGUGUGUUGGGACAGCAGCCCGGGAUGCCCUCUCAGAUCCUGCAGGGGAUGAUGGUCCCGGGGCAGCCGCCGCAGCAAGUGGGGCAGAUGAUGCAGCAGAUGAGCCGGGGUCAGAUGCCGAUGGUGCGGUUGCCGAUGGACCCCAGUCGUAUGGUGAGGCCCAUGUCUCCGCACCAAUCCCUCCCCAGCUCCCCUGGGGACCCCCAGCGCCACGCCAUGGCUCAGGCGCUGGGGAUGUGUCCGCCCACACCCAACCAUCAACAGCAGCAAGCGCACAUGGUCGCGGCGGCGGGCCGAAUGCCGGGUUCCCCGUCCCAAGCGGGGUCUCCAAGAGGACCCUCCUUCACGAGGAUGGACAGCAGCCCCGCCACCCCCGGGACACCGCACUCCACCCACGUUCCUUCCCCGUCGCAAGCCGAGGGCGGCGCCGGCAGAGGGAGUCCUUACAGCCAGGUCAGGGCGUCCCCGCUCCGGUCCCCCGGCGCCAAGAGCCCCCAUCACUACCCAGGGCUGAAGGCAGAGCCGCACUCCUCCGCUAAUGACACGUCCCAGACCCCCUCGGUGCCCCUCAACGGGCCGCAGCAGGAGGAGCGUCUCCAGCAGCAUCUCCCGCCAAAGGCCUCGGCGGGCCACGGCCCUCAGCCCGGCGCCAGGGAGGGGGCCCUGUGCCGGAUGACUCUCCAGAACAUCAAGCAGGAGCCCGGGGAGAUGCAGUGUGACAGCGGCUCACCGGCGGGCGCCCACCCCGGGGCGAUAAAGAGGGAGGCCCCUCUGGAGCUCAUGAACUGCGGCCACCCUUCUGGCUUCAUCAACGCAGAGAACAUGGGCGGGGACCCGGGCACGCUGGGCCGAUCGGAAACGGGACAGCAGCUACUCCAGAAGCUCCUGAGGACCAAGAACCACUUGGCGGCCCAGAGGCCCUCCGAGGGGAUCCACAACGAGAUCAACGGCCACAUCAACAGCAAGCUGGCCAUGCUGGAGCAGAAGCUACAGGGAACCCCGCGCAACAUGGAGGACCUGCAGUCCAUCACUAAAAAGACUCCUCUGGCCAAGGCCAAACGUACCAAUAAGCCGGGCGGGGAGCGAGGGCCCAACCCUCGGAAGAAGAACAAGAAAGAGGAUGUUGGAAAGAGUGCUGAGGCCCUGAUGAAACAACUGAAACAGGGCCUCUCUCUGCUGCCUCUCAUGGAGCCCUCCAUUACCGCCAGCCUUGACCUGUUCGCGCCCUUCGGCAGCAGCUCGGCCAAUGGCAAAGCACCCCUCAAAGGCUCUUUUGGAAACGCAGUGUUGGACAACAUCCCCGACUACUACUCACAGCUGCUCACCAAGAGUAACCUCAGCAACCCCCCCACGCCCCCGUCCUCCCUCCCCCCGACGCCCCCACCAUCGGUGCAGCAUAAGCUGCCCAACGGGGUCACUGCGGGGGAGGAGCUGGCCGACACUCGGAAGCAGGCCGAGACCACCGAAGACACUAUGGAUCCCGUCAGUCAAGAGGUGAAGAGCGUGGACAUCCUGGCUGCUCUCCCAACUCCACCGCACAACCAGAACGAGGACAUCAGGAUGGAGAGUGACGAUGAAGACGCCUCGGAGAGCAUCGUCCAGGCCUCGUCCCCGGAGAGCGCCCUGGGCGACGCCAUGGCCCGCUUCCCCUGUCUCCGGGAGCCCAAAGAGGAGGAGACGGAGCGGGCCAUAUCCCCCAUCAUCCCCCUCAUCCCGCGCAGCGCUAUCCCAGUUUUCCCUGAGAUCAAGCCAUUCGAGGCCACCGACAGCAAGGCCGUUUCCACGUCAAACAACUGGGACAGCUCCAAAAACAACGAGGUCUCCGUCACUUUCAUGCUGUCCUCCGCCGCAGCCAAGAACCUGAACCACAUGAUGGUGGCCAUGGCCCAGCUGCUUCACAUCAGGAUGCCCGGGUCCUACGAGGUGACCUUCCCUCCGACCCCGGGAACACCUGGAGCCGCCGGGCCAGGUAAUGCCCCUGAACAGCCAGGCGACGGCGGUACACACGACGGGCCCUCGGUGAGCCAGGACGACUGGCUGAGGCAGUUUGACGUGACGCUGCCAGGGUGCACGCUCAAGAAGCAGGUGGACGUCCUCGCCCUCAUCAAGCAGGAGUUCUCUCAGCAGCAGGACAAACCAGCGCAGCACUGCUACACCACCAACGUCAACGACCUGGACGUGCGCCACCUGCCCGUCAUCCCGGUGGAGGAGUCCCCGCCCCCUUCCCCCUCGCCUCCCCCGCCCCCGUCGGAGCCCGCCCCCGUACCGGAGGAGGAAGAGGAGGCGACGGCGGACACCAAGCCGCCCUCCGUCCCCCUCGCGGCGGUUCACAUCAAGACGGAGCCGGAGCCGGAGGCCGUGGCCCCGCCCGCCGACUCAGCUGAGAGGCCUGAGUCUGAGGGUCCUGAGGCCGCCGAGGCUUCGUCCGCCGGCGACGCCCCCGCUGACCCUGCUGACCCCCCGGCCCCCGACCCCGCCACUCCCAGGGUAGACCCCCCGGUCCCUAAAGAGGAGCCCACCGGCCCCGACGAGCCCGCCCAGACCCCCGGCAUCUCGCCCGAGCACGCCAUGGAGGUGGAGCCGGCCAAGCCGCCGGCCAAGCAGCAGCAGCGGCGGCCCUACUCCCCGGACGAGGCGGCGGUGCAGCCGCGGCCCAAGAAGUGGAAGGGCGUGCGCUGGAAGCGGCUCCAGCUCGUCAUCACCAUCCGCAAGGGCGGCUCCAAGAAGGAGAACCACCGCGAGGUGUCGGAGCUCAUGGAGCGGCUGCGCGUGGCGCUGCGGCCCGACCGGCUGCCGCGGGACAAGCGCAAGUGCUGCUUCUGCCACGAGGAGGGCGACGGCGCCACCGACGGCCCGGCGCGCCUCCUCAACAUCGACGUGGACCUCUGGGUGCACCUCAACUGCGCGCUGUGGUCCACGGAGGUGUACGAGACGCAGGGCGGCGCCCUCAUCAACGUGGAGGUGGCGCUGCGCCGGGGCCUGCGCACGCUCUGCGCCUACUGCCAGAAGACGGGCGCCACCAGCAGCUGCAACCGGCUGCGCUGCCCCAACGUCUACCACUUCGCCUGCGCCGCGCGCGCCCGCUGCAUGUUCUUCAAGGACAAGACCAUGCUGUGCACGCAGCACAAGCUGAAGGGCCCCAGCGAGGAGGAGCUGGGCAGCUUCUCGGUGUACCGCCGCGUCUACAUCGAGCGCGACGAGGUCAAGCAGAUCGCCAGCAUCCUGCAGCGCGGCGACCGCUUCCACCUGUUCCGCGUGGGCGGCCUCAUCUUCCACUCGGUGGGCCAGCUGCUGCCCUCCCAGAUGGCCAGCUUCCACUCGCCCACCGCCAUCUUCCCCGUGGGCUACGAGGCCACGCGCAUCUACUGGAGCACGCGCGUGCCCAACAAGCGCUGCCGCUACCGAUGCCGCGUCAACGAGCAGGACAGCCGGCCCUUCUUCGAGGUGCGCGUGCUGGAGCACGGCAUGGAGGACCUGCACUACAGCGACACCACGCCAGAGGGCAUCUGGGACCGAGUGGUUCAGCAGGUGGCCAAGCUGCGGGACGAGUCGGCCAUGCUGAAGCUGUUCGCCGACCGGGUGAAGGGAGAGGAGAUGUACGGCCUCACCAUCCACGCUGUCAUGCGCAUCACUGAGUCGCUGCCCGGAGUGGAGAACUGUCAGAACUACCAGUUCCGCUACGGCCGGCACCCUCUCAUGGAGCUCCCUCUCAUGAUCAACCCGAGUGGCAGCGCCCGCUCAGAAGCCAAGGUCCCCACCCACUGCAAGAGGCCGCACACCCUCAACAGCACCAGCAUGUCCAAGGCCUACCAGAGCACCUUCACGGGCGAGACCAACACGCCCUACAGCAAGCAGUUCGUCCACUCCAAGUCGUCCCAGUACCGCCGGCUGAAGACAGAGUGGAAGAACAACGUGUACCUGGCCCGCUCGCGCAUCCAGGGCCUGGGGCUGUACGCCGCCAAGGACCUGGAGAAGCACACCAUGGUCAUCGAGUACAUCGGUACGGUGAUCCGCAACGAGGUGGCCAACCGGCGGGAGAAGAUCUACGAGGAGCAGAACCGUGGCAUCUACAUGUUCCGCAUCAACAACGAGCAAGUGAUCGACGCCACGCUGACCGGCGGACCGGCACGCUACGCAAAUCACUCGUGUGCACCCAACUGCGUGGCAGAGGUUGUGACCUUUGACCGAGAGGACAAGAUCAUCAUCAUCUCCAGUCGCCGGAUCCCCAAAGGAGAAGAGUUGACCUACGACUAUCAGUUCGACUUCGAAGACGAUCAGCACAAGAUCCCCUGCCAUUGCGGAGCCUGGAAUUGCCGAAAGUGGAUGAAUUGACGGGGGAGGAGCGAGACGAAGAUAGAGGGAGAGCAGUGCACUCUCAUUGGUGCCAGGACACUGCUGCGCCAAAGCCUUGGAAUAGCCAGCGCAUAAGCUGUUGUGAGAGACAUGGUGGUACCCAAGUGUUGACACCCGUAGCCAAAGGUUUGGAAAGCAUUAACUGUUGAAGCAACCGACCACCUCCACUAACACAAGCCUGAUGCUGGGACGCUCAGCUGGGACUAGGAGGACGAGCCCUUCCUCUGCCAAACCCAGAUCCCAACCCACAACCCCCCUCCCGACUCCACCCUGCACCUUUCUACUGCUCAAUCUCAAUAAGCUCUUGAAAAUCGCUGCAAGAAAAUCCUCAAUAUUUACCAAAUGACUCUGACCCUACUGUUCUGUCUCUCAAUACUAGUAGUGCGAAGCUCGGUCAGACUGCUGGAAGUUACACGACAAAAAGCCAUCUUCAAGUACUAAGAAUGAACUAAUGUUUUUUUUAUGUUUUAAGUCGGACCUAUUCCCCCUUACCACCUCCCCUCUCCUUCCAACUCCUGGGAUAAUUGAAAUGAAUAAAACAUGAGACACUUUUCCCAUCAAGACAUCAAUGAAGACACCGUGGAUAUUGGCUAGACAAUCCUGUUGUGGCUCUCUGUAGAGCUGCAUGCGAUCGAUGGAUAAGAUGUAAGUUGAUAUGCUAUUGAUAUACUAUUGACCCGUUUGGAGUCUAACGGUGGGUUAGUUUGGACCCAGUCUACCUCAUCCAUUUUAUUGGGAAGUGACUGCUUUGUAUAAAACUAAACAAACUGUUAACUGCUACUGUGGGAGGGGAGGGGCGGGUCGGAGGGCCUCUCGGACAAGCAGGGAAACUAUAGCAGCCGGUUUGCUCUUAUCUACUCUAUGCUGAUGAUGACUAUUUACAAUAAUGAGCCAACAUAUUAUCCAUGAAUUAUUUAUACAGAGAAAUUAUAUGACCGUUUUGAUAAGAUUAUUGCAUUAAGUUCACAAUCAAGCAAGCUUUCAGGGGUCCUAUAUGCUACCAGAUAGACCUGUCUUUUCAUCUUGAAUUUGUAUUUUUUUUCUUCUUUUUUUUCCACAACCUGCUCUUUCUAUUUAUGCAUCGGACAUCCAGGCUUUGAGGUGUGAAAGCACAAUGACACCCACCUUACUAUGAGUUGCUUCCACGUGGAGUUAUGGGUGUAAGCGGGUGGGCCCCUCAGUUUCAGGGUCAUGCUCCGUCUUACCUUACACACACACAUACAGACACAGACACAGACACCAACACACACACAUACACACAUACACAACCCCCAUCCCGCCCCAAAUGAAGGAAAUGCGUGCUGGUGGCUUCCCCCGCAGAUCCUCCACUUGUGUCCCGCUCCAUUCAUGUUUUAGUUGUGUUCCAGUAAUUCCACAGCCUCUCCACUCCUCCACCUGAGACCUGGCCCACCUCGCUCUCUCUACCACAGCGUGGACUGUUGUACAACUUUACUGUAGAGAGUCUUCUCUGCCGGGGCCGAGCGUGUGUCUGCGUUCCUUUUGUGCUUUUUUUCUAGUGGUGGUCGAGUCUUCUUGAGGUCGGCAGCUGGCAGUGGAAGACUCGUUUUAAAAAGGGCAUUUGUUGUCAGUUCUUUGUAUAAAAAAAAAAAAGAUGUAAAAAUGAACGACAAAAUUAAAUAUUUAAGUAAGGGAGCUUUGCUGAAACUCCUGAUAUCCCAUGUUAUGCGGUUUCCUCUUCCCCUUAACCUAAGACCUCACAGAAUUAAAAAUGCAAGUGUGUGUGUGUCUGUGUGUGUGUGUGUGUGUGCGCGUGUGUGUGUGUGUGUGAGAAACCCACAGUAGGGGACAGCAAACUUUAUCCAAAACAUUUUUAAUCAAUAAAUUCAAGUGUAGAGAAAUAAAAAUUGAUGUAAAUUUCAACCACUGGAUAUCAUUUUAUCAUGAAGAUAAAGAUGUAUGUAUAUAAAUAUAUGUAAAAUGGCAAACUAAUAUCUUUAUGUUUAUGAACCAGAGUGUUUUUUGCAUUUACCUGUUUUUUCUAUUAGUGAUUUUUAAGCUUUCAAAGACGAGUUUGGUUUUCUCCAGUCAAUUGGAAUGAGAAGCCAAAGUAAUUAGGACGUUGUUUGCUAACGGAUCCGCGUGGAGAAUCAUGAUGAUUAGAUGUAAAAUCACUUGCAUAAAAGCAGUACAAUGGUGCAUAGCAUUUGUGUAUUUAUGUAAUGUUCUCGUUUUGUUUUUAUUUAUGCUACUGCUUGUUGAUUACCAAAACUUUUCCCUUAGUUGGUCUCAAUUGGAUAAGUAUAAUCUAUGAAUGGAAAAAUUCAAGUUCCUUAGGGUAGUACUGUUCUAGUGUUUUUGCUUUUUCUAUUUUCCAUUUUUCAGAUCCUCCCUAUAGAAGUGAAUGUGUUGAGAUAUAUAUAUAUAUAUCGUGAAAUGUUUGCUUGGCCUAAUGUAUGUUAUGUUAUACUCAAAUUUAAUCCCGUAUUUACCAGAUAAUGGAUUGCACUCUCAGUAUGAACAGAGUACUUCUCUAAAGUGGUAGAUCAUGAGGUAGUGAUAUAUAUAUAUAUAAAUAUAUUUUGGUAUGUUUCUACUCGAAGGGAAGACAUUCAAUACAAUGCCCCUCACUGGAUUUUAGGCUCAAUGAUUUUUACCUUCUCUGAAUUCUUAAUUUAAAUUCUCUGCGUAUCUUAUAAUUUAAGAUUGCUCAAAUUGUUUGUUUUUUAAACCUAAACAACUUUUUAAAAAAAGGUGUGCAUCUGUACAGCAGAGACUUCUAGGGACGAUGAAUAAAUGAUCAUUUUUAUUAUAUGUGGCAUGUUUUGUAUGGAUAUUAUUUUCAACUGUAAAUAUUUUUUGAUGAAGCCAGAGGAUGCAUCUUUAUAUACAGCUUUCCCCACCCCCUUUCCCAACAUCUAAUUUCCUGUUUGCUUUUAUUUCUUGUAAAAGGAAAAUAAAAUGCAUUUUAAAUAUUUGCCCAUUGUUGAGAAAUGCACUACAUUUCCUGAAACAUUCCUGCGUGUGUCUCCUGAUACUUUAUUGCAGACACGGACCUGAAGAACUAGCCUGGCACCGCCCACCUACCUACUUCCGCUCAAUUUUCAUUUCACUUCUGUACAAAUGAAAUGAAGUACGAUGGUCUGGUAGGACCAGGCUAAGAUAUAGUUCACCCUCUUUUCUGUUAUUAAACCAAUUUAUUUUGCGGGCGGUGCAGAGGAUGUCGGCAGAAGAAACCCUGAAGAUGGAGUAAACACCGGCCAUUACAUUUGAUAUCAUAUUCAACUCAAUAUGUCAAGCACUGAAACUUGCAUUGAAAGCUGGAAUGUGUUCCUUUGAUUAGUAUUCUACCGGUGAAAGUGUUUAUUUAUAUGGCUUAUGUUGUUAGGACCAGUUUCCUCUACGGAUUGCCCUAUCCAUGAACAUAGUCUUAUCGGAGUGUAGCCUACUUAAUGGUGAUAAACUCACCAAUAUUGCACCGCUACGGACAGUUUGGGUCUCUGUGUCGGUAUACCUUUGGUUUCACAAAAGUCAACAUUUCUCAAGAAAAACUCUGACGAAUGACAGCGGUGUUGAGCUGUAAGAAAACCUGCUCUCAGAAUCUGACUGUUCCUUAACUCGUUGACCCCCCAAGAUCUCAAUAACAUUGUAUUAUAUCUUUAAUUAAAGAAAAUACAUUUUUCGAGCGAUAUGAUUGGUCGAAAAAAUUACCUGGU